ACAGCUGAUUCGAGUGGGGGAGACACAAACGUCUAUCUCUGGUUUCAAUCUUUUCCCCAACGACUGACUCAGUGAAGUUGAAGAGGUCUUGUCCUCUAUUUUUUCUGCUCUGAAAUUUUUACCUGUAAAUUCAUUAUACAAAAAGAGAGAAAAGAUCGUAGCUUUAUCUGAAACUUGGAGACCCCUGCAUGAUCGGAGCUUCUGGGCUUUGAAGAUCCGACCUUUUUGGGGUUUUGAUUUCUUCCUAAGAGCAAAAAAUGGGGUUUCAGAUGCAGAGGAUUCAUGAGUAUGUAGUUUUUGAUUAGAAAAGAUGGAUAGUGGGGUGAUAGCUGAUCAGUUUGUAGAACCUGCAACAUGUGCACUGUGCCAGAGGGCUCUUUCACCCGAGAAUGAGGCAAUUGGAGAUUUUAUAACUGCCAAUAUGUGUGGGGACUGUAAGUUUUUGUACCUUGAAGAUCUUGGUACCCCCACACGUGACUCUUAUCGGAGAAGGCCGUCUCGGAGAAGAAGAGCUAGGUACAGUAGUUCUGAGUCAGUUGAGGUUGAGGAUAUUUUCUCACAACAGUUCUCACAUAUGAUCAAUCAGGUGCGGCAAAAUCAAUCCCCUGGCUCUGGGCUAGAGGAUCCACCUGUUGGUGGUGAUUCUCCUGCCAGGGUGUCACAUCGCACAAGUUCUCGUACUACACCAAGUGGGUCUAGAAGAUGGAGGCGGGUUCUCUCUGAUACUGAAAGUGAUGGUUUCGAUAAUGCAGAUUCUCUCUAUGGGGAGAAUGAAUCAAAUAUCAGUUUUGGGCGGUUCAGGGUGUCUCGUGAUGUGAGUGAUGUAAUUUCAUUUAGUGCAUAUGGUGGUGAUUCCGAUGCUUCUGUAGACCUGCAAGGUUUUCUGGAUACAGAGACAAUUAUCCAACCGAUUGAUGGAAGUGUUUUUGAUAGUGAUACUGACAUUGAUCCAAUGCAUGCUGGUCUCAACCCGUGGAACUCUGAUGACCCUGAAGAAGAUGAUGACGAUGACGAUGAGGAGGAGGAUGAAGAAGAUGAUGAAUGGGAAGAAGUUGAUUCUGUGGAAAACAUGGUUGAAUCUGCAGAAGCCAUUAGCCAACCACGAAACCCUUUGAUUUUGAGCUCUGGAAGAAGAAACCGCCCAGUCAAUUGGCACCAAAGGAGACAUAUUACUGAAGUUGACGAUCCACUUCGUUGGGGAAUGAGGGGAAGAAAUUCCCAUGACAUAUUAUCUAACUUUGAUGAUUCAGACAUGAUGCCCUAUGUUACCAAUUCUGGUGAUUAUCUUGAUGCAGUAGGCUUUGAAGAACUGCUGGAGCAUCUUGCUGAGGCAGACAGCUUAAGACGAGGAGCACCUCCUGCUGCUGUCUCCUUUGUGAAUAAGCUGCCUCUCAUUCAUAUAAGUAAGGAACAUGACAAGCAUGAUGACUUGGCAUGUGCAAUUUGCAAGGAUUUAUUGACUAUUGGCACUGAAGUGAAUCAGCUUCCAUGUUUUCACUUGUAUCACCCGUCCUGUAUUCUGCCAUGGUUGGGUACACGGAAUUCUUGCCCCCUUUGUCGUUAUGAGCUACCAACUGAUGACAGAGACUAUGAAGAGGGGAAACGGAAUGCUGGUGGUAGAGUGGAGAUCCAUGUCCGGCAGCAGAAUGCUAGAGAGGACAGGUCUAUUGGUGUUCCUAAUAGAGCUGAAGAAGAUGAAGAUAAUGCAUUUAGUGAAACUAGAGUGGGGCCUAGAUUCCAAGCGGGUAGGGAACCUGACUCUAAUACCUCGGGUGGAGUUAAUAGUCCGGGCAGAUGGUUUCUUUUUGCUGCUGCUCCAAUUGUCAGUCUUGUGGGUAUAGUUCUCGUGCUGUGGUUGGGAACUCCCACGGGACAGGGAAACUUUGCUGACCAGGCCCAACGCCAUGGUCAUGUUGCUGGUGCAUUACCCCACCACAGGCAGAACAGAAGCAGGAGGUGGUGGUCUCUCUUCUGAGGUGUUCUUGAAAAUUGUUGGUAAAUAAGAUUGGUGUUCUGUUGUUUCUUCCCUGACUACUUGUGGGCUUGUGGCAGUCGUGUUCUGUCAUAGAGAUCGGCAAGAUUCUCCGAUUUCUGAUGGUACAAUUAUGUGGUUCGUUUAGUUAUCUCUUUUAACAUUAUUUUCACCAAAUGUGAGUUUCAGUUUUCUAUAUUAUAUCAUUUAUAUGAAGUUGAUCUUUCCUGCCACUAGACUUUGAAUUGUGACGAGUUUCUUGAAGGACACUGUUGUAGCACUAGAAUGCAGUUUCAUUUAUGAGAUUCAUCGCACGAUUACUAUAGUUUA